AGCAAAUCUGAUUGACAACUAGGAUUUUACAAAUAGGAAACUCUGAUACUGGGGUUGCCGAAGCACUGUUCUGACAGCUGAAACACCCGUGGCUCCCCCCAGGGUCGCCUGUGUCUGCGAUCUUGCACCUGAAGGCCAAAGCAGCUCUAGGAGACAGAAAAAGAGGAAAAUUGUCCAGAACCAAGUGUAUUGGGCAACACUGCUCUUGGAGAGAAGAAAGAGAAGGAAGACACUGCCUGGGCCUUUGCCAGUGAUUGAAGGUGUGGCUGCCUCCAGGAGCUGCCGUGGUUCUGCUGUAUCUGCAGCUGCCACAGAGCUUUCCAACAGCAGCUGAAGACUCCGCCCCCAUUUCCUUUCCCUUGCUCCUCUCCCUAAAGUGUGCUCACUCUUCUAAGCCAGAGCAAUACUGCUCUGUGCUGACAUUAAGAGAUUUCCCCCCAGCUGUAUCAUGGGCCGCACUCGGGAGGCUGGCUGCGUGGCUGCCGGUGUGGUCAUUGGAGCUGGUGCUUGCUAUUGUGUGUACAAACUGACCUGGGGAAAAGAAAAUGAGGAAAUCUGGGAUGACGAUGAGGAAUGUAGUGAUAUGUCAGAGGUUGAGGUUGAGCAUGAGCCUGAGAUAGAAGCCAGCGAUGACGUUGAGGAGAAUCCUGUAGCCAAACUUCAGAAUGAGUCAAAGGCUGAGGCUGAGGUGAACACAGGUGUUGAUAAUGGUCCAGCUGUGAAGAAGGAGGCACAGUUGGGACCCCAGAGUGGAGGUGGCCUAGAAGCUAAGGCCAAGGCCCUUUUCAAAACCCUGAAGGAACAGGCAAGCGCAAAGAUGGGCAAAGGGGCCAGGGUGGGUAACAUUUCUGGGAACAGGACCCUUGUCUCAGGUUUGCCCUGUCCAGGUGGCAGGGGUGGAGGUUGCCAUCCCACCAGGAGUGGGAGUAAGGCAGGGAGCAAGGCAAUCAGUAAAUCCAAAGGAAAGACCCGAAGUAAGAGUACUAAAGCUCCAGCUACAGCUUGGCCUGUCCGUAGGGGCAAGUUCAACUUUCCCUAUAAAAUUGAUGAUAUUUUGAGUACUCCUGACCUUCAAAGGGUGCUUAACAUCCUGGAAAGAACAAAUGAUCCUUUCAUUCAAGAAGUUGCUUUGGUCACUCUGGGUAAUAAUGCAGCAUAUUCAUUUAACCAAAAUGCAAUACGUGAAUUAGGUGGUGUCCCAAUUAUUGCAAAAUUGAUAAAAACAAAAGACCCCAUCAUUAGGGAAAAGACCUACAAUGCUCUUAAUAAUCUCAGUGUGAAUGCUGAAAAUCAGGGCAGGAUUAAGACAUAUAUCAGUCAAGUGUGUGAUGACACCAUGGUCUGUCGCUUGGACUCAGCUGUGCAGAUGGCCGGUUUAAGACUGUUAACCAAUAUGACUGUGACUAAUCAUUACCAGCAUUUACUUUCCUAUUCUUUUCCAGACUUUUUUGCUUUGCUAUUCCUGGGGAAUCACUUCACCAAGAUACAGAUUAUGAAGCUAAUUAUAAACUUUACUGAAAAUCCAGCCAUGACAAGAGAGUUGGUCAGUUGCAAAGUACCAUCAGAAUUAAUUUUGCUCUUUAAUAAAGAAUGGGAUAGAGAGAUUCUUCUUAAUAUCCUUACUCUAUUUGAGAAUAUAAAUGACAACAUAAAAAGUGAAGGCCUUGCAUCAUCCAGGAAGGAAUUCAGCAGAAAUUCACUUUUUUUCUUAUUCAAAGAGUCAGGAGUGUGUGUUAAGAAAAUCAAAGCAUUAGCAAAUCACAAUGAUCUGGUGGUGAAAGUGAAAGUCCUGAAAGUGUUAACCAAACUGUAACUUUGGAAGCAGCCCAGGCAGCACCGGGGUGAUUUCCUAACUUGCACUUGGAAACAAUAUAAUUUGUACGUUUUUUAUCUUUCACUGUGCCGAUAUGGCAGAGAUUCUUUUAGUUUCUAUUUUUGAAUGUGAAUAUCACAUAUCAUCAAUAAUGAUUGUGAUGAUGGGAGGUUAUGUUGGACCACUUUAAGGAUGGGAAAUGAAUAUUAGCGUUUCUAGAAAUAAGUCAUUUAAUGAUUGUGAUCUUACUACCUAGACUGAGAUAUUUUUACUCUCUUCUGUACUUAAAAUGGCAGUAAAUCAAGUAUAACUCUUGAAUAAGCUACAUUUCCUAUUGCUUUAAAUUUAAAUGUAAGACUUGUGUUUUAUCAAUAAACUUGUGUGUUUUAAGCAGCAGACAAAUAGACAUUGCC